AUGUCUUGCUAUAUAGUAUGUAUCGUGAAAAGCACUAAGGAUGAAUUAGCUAGGACAAUUCCAGUUAAACCUUCUAUUGAAAAUAAGAAAAUAAAGCUUAAGGUCCAUAAUGUGGCUGAUGGUUAUUUAAUAUCACCUCCAUGGAAGUUUGCUAGUCAACUAAAUACUUCAAAUCCUGUGGGGACAGCAGUAAUUAGAGUAGCUGAUGUAAUACAUUCUCAUAUGAGCAUCUGCUUCUAUUGUGAACACAUGUUGAGCUCAUAUGUGAAAGCCUGGGAAGACAUAACUCUUCAGACUAUUACUGUGUACUCCAGAGGUUCUUGUUUUCCUGAAUAA